AUGGACGCUCAGCGCGCUUUACUCGAUAGUCUUAUGGGUUUAAAUCGUGAUGGAGAUCGACCAAAUGAAGCUACAUUAGACUAUACACAUCCUAAAGUAUGUAAACUCUAUUUAUGUGGUUUAUGUCCACGUGAAUUGUUUCAACAUACACGUCUAGAUUCAGGUGCGUGUGAUUUCCUGCAUAUUCCUGCUUUACGUGUGGCUUUUCAAGAAGAACAGGUCGUGAAACGGGACUUUGACUAUGAACAACAAUUAGCCAAUGAGCUUUCAAAGAUGCUGGUCGAUGUUGAAAAGAAAAUUACACGGGCUCAGAAACGAUUGGACGAAAAUGGAGAAGAGAAUCAGGAGAGGAUCCAGAUCCUCGAGCUUACAAAGGAGAUGCAGGACGCAACAAGUCUGGCUGAACAAGCAACAAAAGAAGGACAUAUUGACAAAUCCAUGCAAUUAAUGGAGCAUGUGGAACUUUUGAAGAGGAAAAGAAGAGAAGUGCUGCGUCAAAACAAUGUGAAUUCAAAUGCUACGGGGGUAGCCAUGAUGGUGGAAAAUGUGAACCAGAAAUUACGAGUCUGUGACGUGUGUGGCGCGUUUCUAAGCAUUUUUGACAGUGAUCGAAGACUAGCUGAUCAUUUUGGAGGUAAAGUACACGUUGGCUAUGUACAGAUUCGAAAGAAAUUAAAGGAAUUGAUGGACAAGAGAAAUGCAGACAAGAAGGAAGAUAAGCCGAAACGAUGGCGGCCCGUGGAUCGAUUGAAACGAGACGAACAUUUGCAUAGACGGCGAGAAAGCAGACCAGAACGUAGUCGCGUGGAUGAUCGAGAGCGGCCGAGAGAUAGAGAUCGGGUGAGGAGGAGUCGAGAGCGCCGACGUCAUCGUGAUCGAAGUCACGGCCGUAGCCAUCGGAGACGACGAUCGAAGAGCUCUAGCCGUAGUCCUGAGCGAAAGCAAAGUCGGAGUCAUCGACAUCGCCACUAG